AUGGUAAUUGGGACUGUCAUUCUUUCGCUUCGACUUGUGUAUCUACAUCUCACGCACUGGUACAUGCCCGAAGUACAAAAGUAUGUCGUCCGCAUUCUCUGGAUGGUUCCUAUUUACGCCGUGCAGUCUUAUUUGAGUCUACGCUACCACGAAUUACGGAUUUACAUUGGCUCGAUCCGCGACUUCUACGAGGCUUACGUGAUUGCCAGUUUCGUGUACUACCUCAUUGAACUGCUGGGAGGCGAAGAGUCAUUGAUUCAUAUUCUCCAACAAAAGACUGGAACGCGGCUCGGUAAACACAGCUUUCCUUUCAGCUUGAUUCUGCAGCCCUGGGAAAUGGGCAUUGAAUUUAUGCUGCAAUGCAAACACGGUGUACUACAGUAUGUCGUCUUUAAAACCUUGUCCACUGUAACGACGUUUGCUUGCGAGUCCGCCGGAAUUUACGGGGAAGGGAAGUUCGACUGGCGGUGUGCGUAUCCUUAUCUAUGUUUUUUUCAAAACAUUUCAGUUAUGUAUGCCUUGUAUUGUCUGGUAAUGUUUUACCACGCCAUCAACGAAGAGCUACGACAUCCUGUCAACUGGCAUCCAUUGGGCAAGUUUCUUAGUGUCAAAUCGGUGGUGUUCUUUACUUGGUGGCAAGGAGUCCUCAUUUUCUAUCUACGUGCCCACGGGAUCAUCGAACACAUGGGAUCAUGGUCGUCGGAAGAUGUCGCCAACGGUCUCAUUGACUACUGCGUCAUCGUGGAAACCAUCGGUUUUGCAAUUGCCCACAGCUAUACAUUUUCGUACAAGGAAUAC